UAAAAAGGUUCAUUUUUGAAAAAAAAUCCUGCGCUCAUAGUACUUAAGGUAAAAAUGUUAUGCAUUUGUUAGCAAGACUAAACAAAAACACUUCAAGCCAUUUAUCAAAUUCAUUUGAGGAAAUCUAACAUAAACAUGUGUUAGAGAAAUCAUAAACAUCCUGCUAAGAAAACAGUGGAAUAUAAACAAACUUCCCCACGAAUGUGGCCAAUGAAACCAAAUAACUAGCCCUUCGUAUUUAUUUUUCUUCAAUUAAUUUCCAAGAAAGCUAUUACAAAAAGGCUAAGACGCUCCUGUUUCUGCUGGCUUGUUCCAACAGUUAAAAUCUAAAGAAUUCCAAUUUACAUGUUUGAGCCUAAAGAGCUAAGCAAACUACAGAAAGAUUUUUUUUCACUGCACAUGCUUCCUAAACUCAGCUGUCUAUUCCAAAACUUCAGGCAAAGCAAGUACAACUUAUUUUCAUUAUUUCAUCUUUUUUUGGCAACAGAAUACCUGAAUAAAAUAAAUGAUUGUCAUUAAAUGUUCCAUCCUUUUUUCAUAAACUGACUUUGUUUUUUUAUGAAACUUACUGUUCAUUAUCUAAAAACCAAAGCUUUUUCUCCUUAUUGGCCUAAACGUAUGUGGUGUAUAAAAUUGAGGUUCACAAAGAACUAUUUCCAGUUUUGAACUACACCAGUGAAAAUGAAGAACAAAAUUUUCAUUCCUAUCCUGUUCAUUUUCAGUUUUUCUUCCAGCAGAUUUUUAUGUUUGGCUACAGCAGAUAACAAGUACAGUGUACUGGGAAAGAUGUUUCAAGCAGUUAUGGAAGAUAUGCAAUUACAGGAUGACAGAAUAAAAGCAUUGGAAAACAACAGUGCCAAGAUAAGAGAUGAAGAAAUACAGAAGGCAAUAACUGACACACCAACUAAAGGUAACCUACAAGACAACACCCAUGAAUAUCAAUCCAGGAAAAGAGAUCUCAUAACACAAAUACAGAAGAAUGACACACAAGAAGAUAUUCAACAAAUCAAAGACUACUUAAUACACAUGAGUAAAGGUUUAGCAGUAGAAAAAUCUAUGAGAGCAGAGAAUACAAACACUAUUGGAAGCCUUGUGGACCAGAACAAUGAAUCUCUGAACAAGUUACACCAAACCAUAGACCAUCAUGAAAACGCAGUGAAAAACUCCUUCAAAGACCUUGAAACUGAUUUGAAAGCAUAUGGCGAUAAAAUAAAUUAUGACACAGACCAAGUAAUCCGAAACUUUACCAUGGAAUAUAAAGAGGAAUUAGAUAAAACUGAACUAGAAAAAAAAGAGGGAAUAAAGAAUAUUGCUGAUGUUAUUGAAAAGAUUCAAAAAGAUGUAGAGCAAAUAAAACUAUUCAUGUAUAACAAGGAUAAGAAUAUUGCUUUUGGAAAGAGUGCAUCUGAAAGUUCUUCCAUAGAAAGUGAAUAUUACAAAGGUGCAAAUGCUGCGACUGAUGGUGUAACAAGUGGCAAUUGGGAAGAUGGCUCUUGUACGCAUACAGCGUCAGAAAUGAAUCCAUGGUGGCAAGUGGACUUGCAAAGACCAUACUUAAUCAACAGAGUGGUGAUUACAAAUCGAGCAGACUGUUGCGGUGAAAGAUUGCACAGUCUUGUGAUCAGUGUGAGUAAUGAACAAGGCAGCACUGAAGAAAUCUGCGGACAUUUUGAAGGACCUAGUACUAACGGAGCCACAGAAACAAUCCAAUGUUAUAGUACCGUCUUCGGAAGAUAUCUUAAAAUACAAAUGAAUGCAAAUUCUAUUGGUGUUCUUACAUUAUGUGAAGUGGAAAUUUUUGUUACAUGACUGUUUUAGCUCCAAAAAAUGGCACAUGAUUAAAAACAUCAGCGUAAACUGAGAUUUUUCUGUUUAUACAGCGCUAAUAAACAAUAAGCAUGCAAGUUUUAAGCAAGCAUUUUUAUGCAAAAUGGUAUUUUAUUUUAACUAUAUGUUUUUAAAAACUGGCAUUAUUUCUUGUUGUAUUUUCUUAUUGUAUCAUAUUCAGUAAGUGUUAUCAUAUUCAGCACUUUUUAUUCAGCAUGCAUUAUCAUAUUCGGCAUGUUUUAUUCAGCAUGCAUUAUCAUAUUCGGCAUGUUUUAUUCAGCAUGUAUUAUCAUAUUCGGCAUGUUUUAUUCAGAUGUAUUAUCAUAUUCAGGAUGUUUUAUUAAGCAUGUAUUAUCGUAUUUGACAUGUUUUAAUCAGCAGCUAUUAUCAUAUUCAACACAUUUUAUUCAGCAUGUAUUAUCACAUUCGGCACGUUUUAUUCAACACGUAUUAUCAUAUUUGGCACAUUGUAUUCAGUAAGUGUUAACAUAUUUGGCAUGUUUUAUUCAGCAGGUAUUAUCAUAUUCAGCAUGUCAAAAUAGCAAUAUGUUAUCACUGCAAUAGGGUGAAUGUAAAUACGGUACUAAUCAAAGUACUGAAAGUACAGAAUGUAAAUACGGUACUAAUCAAAGUACUGAAAGUAAAGAAAGGCUGGCACACCACAAAACACUAAAUAACUGUGUGGGAAACCUGUUUGCAAAAUCUGAUUUCUAAGUAAUUCUUAGUUGGGAAUCUGACAAAACAUAGACAAAGUAAAACCUAUAGACAAUAAAGAAAACAAAGACAAAAUGAACAACGAAAAGCACACAAUCGGGAACCAUCUGUGGCAAACACAUUGGUAAAUUUAAACCGUUUAAGCUGCGUUUGUAUCCUUAUGCUUGACCACCGCCAUGGUUCCAAAAUCAACUCUUAAAACAGAGUUGAGUCACUGACUUUAAUAUAGACUUGCAUAUAAACUUGAAGAUGCUUUUGUAAAAAAGCGCAUGUCUCCCCCAAUGCAAAGUCGUAUAGGCAAGAAGUCAAUAGAGGUCAGGAGCGAAAGUCAAAGAGACACUGAUGGUUGGCUGCAAUAGGGAUCAUCUACUUGGCAUAUCCAGUCAUCCCGCUAUGUUUCAACAUUCUUGGCCUAGUGGUUCUCAAGUUACUGUUCAGGCUCCUGUGACCUUGACCUUUGAUCAAGUCACCCCAAAAUUAAUAGGGGUCAUCUACUCUGCAUGUUCAAUCAUCCUAUGAAGUUUCAACAUUCUAGGUCAAGUGGUUCUCAAGUUAUUAAUCUGAAAUGGUUUUCCAUGUUCAGGUCCCUGUGACCUUGACCUUUUACUGAGUGACCCCAAAAUCAAUAGGGGUCAUCUACUCUGCAUAACCAAUCAUCCUAUGAAGUUUCAACAUUCUGGAUCAAGUGUUUUUCAAGUUACUGACCAGAAACUUUUUUCAAUGUUCAGGCCCCUGUGACCUUGAUCUUUAACAGAGUGAUCCCAAAAUCAAUAGGGGUCAUCUACUUUGCAUGAACAAUCAUCCUAUGAAGUUUCAACAUUCUGGGUCAAGUGGUACUCAAGUUAUUGAUUGGAAAUGGUUUUCAAUGUUCAGGCCCCUGUGACCUUGACCUUUAAUGGAGUGACCCUAAAAACAAUAGGGGUCAUCUACUAUGCAUGACCAAUCAUCCUAUGAAGUUUCAACAUUCUGGGUCAAGUGGUUCUCAAGUUAUUGAUCGGAAAUGGUUUUCAAUGUUCAGGCCCCUGUGACCUUGAUCUUUAACAGAGUGAUCCCAAAAUCAAUAGGGGUCAUCUACUUUGCAUGAACAAUCAUCCUAUGAAGUUUCAACAUUCUGGGUCAAGUGGUACUCAAGUUAUUGAUUGGAAAUGGUUUUCAAUGUUCAGGCCCCUGUGACCUUGACCUUUAAUGGAGUGACCCUAAAAACAAUAGGGGUCGUCUACUCCAGCAGCCCUACCACCCUAUGAAGUUCGAAGGUUUUAGGUCAAAUGGUUCUCCAGUUAUUGAUCGGGAAUGAAGUUUGACAUACGGACGGACAGGGCAAAAACAAUAUGUCUCCCCCAGAGGUGGGGAGACAUAAUAAGUAUUUUUUGUAGAAAAGAUUUAUAUACCAAGAAGCAAUCACAGGUUUAGAAAAAUGUCCAAAGGACAAUAAAACUGCUUACAAUGUGUAAGUUGUAAGGGGUACAAAUGAGAGAAGUACUGCAGAGCAAUACAAGACUUCAAACUAGUUAGGAACAUUGCACACAAAAAUGAGGUAUUAUAAAGAACAAUAACUAGAAACAGAGGAACUAAAAAGGAAAAAGUAAAGAAUGUGACAACAAUUAUCCUACGUUGCCAAAUUAGGUCUCCCCACAUGUUUAAACUCUCGACUUACUCUUGAAUUUUGAUAACAAUAUUGCACAUUUUGACAUUGAUUUAGUAAAUUAAGUCAAUGCUAAUAUAUGUAUGUAAAGAAGCUCAUUACUUUUACUUGCGAUUUUUAUGCCAUUUUACUUUUGACAAGAAAUAUCU